CUCAAUUUUUAUUCCCAAGAGAUAUGAAUCUCGUUUGGUCUCCAGAUAUGGCUUCAAAAGCUUAUAUAGACACUGCUAAAUUGUGUCAAAAUUUCGAAGGAACCGGCGUAGCAGAGCUGCUGUCCGCGAUGGCGGCCGGAUGGAAUUCGAAGCUGAUCGUAGAGGCUUGGUCACACGGUAACCCGAUAGCAACUAGUGUUGGUCUGGCCGUGGCAGCCAGUCACACUUGUGGCAGACAUGUGUGCUUGGUUCCUGAUGACCGCUCAAGAUCAAGCUACAUGGAGGCCAUGCGAGAAGCCGGAAUCUCGCCGACAAAUGUGGUGGUUGGAGACCAAGGAAAGUCGGUGGCGGAGAUCUCCGGUGUCGAUUUCCUUGUGAUGGAUAAUUCAAAGUGCAAAGAUAUCGUCAGGGUUUUGAGGUUGAGUCAGGAAGGAGCGGUUUUGGCAUGCAAAAAUGCAUGUGAAAGGAGAAAUUCUCGAUUUCGGUGGAAUUGGGUGCUUGAUAGAAGAACACAUGUUAUGAGAUCGGUGUUCCUGCCCCUGGAGAAAGGAUUGGAUAUUGCUUAUGUAGGCGCUAAUGGUGGAGAUGGGGCCUCCGAUGAGGGUCCUAGCCGUUGGAUAAAGCACAUCGAUCCAAGAUCGGGAGAGGAGCAUAUAUUUCGCCGCUGAAAUGGUCGUAUCUUUUUUUAUCAACUCUUAUUAGUUCUUCUUAGUUUUUUGAUCUAUGAUAUGUAUUAAAAGAUCGGGACUUAA